AUGGCCAUGCAAACUGCACAUCAAACCAGCUUUUACACAAAGGAUAAAUCCACCGAUAAAGACUUUGAUGAGUCCAAAAACAGCGUUUCAGGCAGCUUUGAAUGUAAUAUCUGUCUGGAUGCUGUCCAAGAACCCGUAGUGACACUUUGUGGUCACUUAUACUGCUGGCCCUGCAUCUACAAAUGGAUUCAGCAGAACGAUACAUCAUCGGAAACCCCAGAAGCUCAAAACGCAAAGUGCCCAGUAUGCAAAACUGAAGUGUCACAAAAGACCAUAGUUCCAUUAUACGGACCUUGCCAAACCACCAUUAAUCAUGGUACUGAAGAAAAGGAUCCUAUGAUGAUCCCACCGAGGCCUCCAACACCAAGAUAUAAUCCAUUAAGCACACGAGUUGAGCAACUUAGUCGUCGUGGUGGCUAUCAACGACAUGCACCUCCACCUCUAGCUAUGCCUAGCCGAGGUGAUAUGUUAAUGGAUGCUGUUGUUGUUCCAAGUCCAACAAUCGGGAUGCUUGGAGAAAUGGUGUCUGGGAGGAUUUUGGGAGACUUGGAAUCACCUUUAUUUGCUACUCCGAAUUCGUAUAAUCUAGUUGGGAACACUACGAGGCGGAGAAGAUUGCAGACAACACAGGCUGAUAGAUCGCUUAGCAGAAUUUACGCUUUCUUGUUGUGUUGUAUAAUAUUCUGUCUUUUCUUGUUUACAUAA